AACGCAUAACUAGGUUCUCCUUCGGUCCUUCCUCAUUGCAUUCAGUUUUACCCAGUCUCCAAAAGCUCUGAAGAAAAAGUAAAUGCUUUCCCGCUCAAUAUCUUCUUCUGUUUUCCCACAACGGCCAUCCUUCUGUUAGGUUUUCUUCCAACCUGUCAUCUAUGUCCUUCUUCCCCAUUUCCCCCUCAUCCCCCCGCCAUCUCUGCCCCUCGGAAAUAUGGCCGGAGGGUUUACGUCGGCGGUGGUAAUUCACUCUCACUCUUCCCUCCUCCUUUUUCUUCCCCUCUUCCUCCUCCUCCUCCUCCUCUUUUCCCCUUCCAAUGCUACUUCCAUUACUAGCCUUUUCUCGCCUCCUGUUAAUUAUCUCAUUGAUUGUGGCUCCUCUACCCAGACCCUUCUCCAAGAUGGAAGAACCUUCAGGUCUGAUCGCGAUUCCUCUUCUCUUCUCUCCACUGACGAGGACAUCCAAACUUCCGUCGACUCCAUCAACCUCAACGCUUCCUCCUCUGUUCCUCCUACCUCACUCCCUUUAUUCAACAGUGCCAGAAUUUUUACGGAUGAAUCCACCUACACUUUCUAUAUCUCCAAGAUGGGUCGACUUUGGGUUCGUCUUUACUUCUUCCCGCUUCCGCAUCCUUCUUAUAAUCUCACCCAGGCCGUUUUCACCGUCCAAACUGAUCGAUUUGUUCUCUUGCAUGACUUCUCUAUCACCGACAAUACCUCCUUUGUGUUCAAAGAGUACCUCCUUAAUGUCUCUGACAGUAGAUUCUCCUUAAAAUUCUUACCCAAGAAGAAAUCUCUCGCUUUCAUCAACGGCAUUGAGGUUGUCACAGCCCCUGACCCUCUUAUCCUUGACACUGCUAUUUCUGUUUUCCCACCGGGAAAUUUUCAUGGGAUCUUUAAUUACGCUCUUCAGGUAUGUUACAGAGUUAACGUUGGAGGUCCACCCAUGGCUCCAAACAGAGACCCCUUGUUAAGAUCAUGGGAGACUGAUGCUUCCUAUAAUGUAUUCCCACAAGGGUCACAGAAUGUCUCUGUUUCGACAAAAAUCAUCAAAUACCCACAAAAUGGUGAGGUCACUCCAUUGAUUGCUCCGAGCUCUGUUUAUUCUUCAGCUAUGGUAAUGAAAGAUCCUAAAGUGAACCAGCCCAAUUUCAACCUCUCAUGGAGAAUGAACGCAGACCAGAGUUUCUCCUACUUGAUAAGGUUGCACUUCUGCGACAUUGUAAGCCAAAACCUUAGCCAAUUAUACUUCAAUGUUUACCUAAACGAGAUGAUGGGAGCUGCAAGUUUAGAUCUUUCCUCUGAAACCAAAGCUCUAGCCACUGCUUUUUACCAGGACUUCGUCCUUAAUUCAUCCGCUAUUACAAAUGGGUCUAUUUUGGUACAAGUGGGUCCCGCGAAUCUCCAGCAAGGGAUACCCAAUGCGAUCCUGAAUGGAUUCGAAGUGAUAAAGAUGAGCAAUAUGGCUAAUAGCUUGGAUGGAUUUUUCUCUGUUGAUGGGAAAUACAAGGGUCCGAACGCAAACACCUUGGCUUUGAAAGUGGCUGCAGCUAUUGGGUUGGGAUUCUCUAUGACAGCGAUGUUUCUUGUUGCGGUGAUCUGCUUCCGAUGGCGACAGAGGCCUCAUGGGUGGGAAAGUAAAGAUAGCUUCUCGUCAUGGCUUCUUCCGAUUCAAUCCACCCAUCCUGGGAGCUUAUGUUCUGCUUUAAGCAAAAGCAGCUCUAGAAGGUCAAGCAUAUUUGGUUCUCGCAAGAGCAGAAGCGGCUACUCUGGAUACUUAACACCGACUGGGAUCGGACGGUUCUUUCCUUUUGAUGAACUCCGAAAAGCCACAAAUAAUUUCGUUGAAAAGGCAGUGAUCGGCGUGGGAGGCUUCGGAAAAGUCUAUCUUGGGACUUUAGAAGAUGGGACAAAAGUUGCCAUAAAACGAGGAAACCCUAGUUCAGAACAAGGCAUAAACGAGUUCAGAACAGAGAUAGACAUGCUCUCAAAACUCCGACACCGACAUUUAGUUUCCUUAAUGGGUUUCUGUGACGAGAACUCAGAGAUGAUUCUUGUCUACGAAUACAUGGCCAACGGCCCUUUUCGUUCUCAUCUCUACGGCUCCAACCUACCUCCAUUAUCGUGGAAACAGAGGCUUGAAAUCUGUAUAGGUUCUGCUCGUGGCCUUCACUAUCUUCACACAGGUGCAGCACAGAGCAUCAUUCACCGAGAUGUGAAAACAACUAACAUUCUCUUGGACGAAAACUUGGUGGCUAAAGUUGCAGACUUUGGGUUGUCCAAGGCAAACCCAGAGAAAACCCACGUGAGUACAGCAGUGAAGGGUAGUUUUGGAUACCUCGAUCCUCAGUACUUUAGAAGUCAGCAAUUAACUGAGAAAUCCGAUGUUUAUUCUUUCGGGGUCGUGCUUAUGGAAGUACUGUGUGCGAGGCCUGUGCUUGACCCGACACUUCCUAGGGAACAAGUGAAUUUAGCGGAUUGGGCGUUGCAGCAACAUAGGAGAGGCAUGCUUUAUAAGAUCAUCGAUCCUCGUAUCGCCGACACAAUUGCCUGUGGGUCGUUGAACAAGUUUGUGGAAGCUGCGGAGAAGUGUCUGGAGGAUAAUGGAGCGGAUAGGCCUACCAUGGGUGAUGUGUUGUGGAAUUUGGAGUAUGCUUUGCAGCUUCAGGAAGCUGUUUCGAAGAUCGAUACUAAUGAAGACACGACAGCGAAUUCGAUUGCGUUAGAACAAGCUAAUGAGAGUGGCGAGAAAGGAGAUCACUCUGGCACUCAAGCAACUGAAGAAUCUGAUGUGACCGAUGUUGAUUCUAUGAUGUUGUCUCAGAUCGCUCACUUCGAAGGAAGGUAAUUAAUGUGGGAUAUUCGUGACAUGCUGGAAAGAAUCUGAGAUCAAAUCUUGAUAUGCCAUAGUCGACCUUGCAAGUUAUGCAAGAUCUGAAGGGUUUGUUUCGUCUAGUCCCUGUCUUCAUGUUACUAAGGAAGACUUGAACGUACUUUUCAUGUCAUCUCGCAAGUCUCGGGUCGGUGCCUGGACAAGAACAUCUUGGGGUUGUGCCUUGUUUUGCUGUUCAACUUAUGGGUCCAAAAUGAUGAAUUGGUAUACGGUGACGAAUGCACUGGUGCAGAGAGUUGUACGUAUGGCUAUGUUGUGUAGUGUAUUUUUUAUUUUUUUUUAUAAAUUUUGUUGCCAGUGAUAUUAGGUAGUAUGCUCAGCAUGUUAGCACUUGGGUUGGUUUCUUCCUUCCUAAAUCCUAAUCAUUUAAUUUG